GGCUGUCAAAGGUGUGAGUGGAGAAGAUUUCACAGACCAUUUGACCAAAGAAAUAUCAUCAAUUAUAUUUAGCAAUGUAAAGAUCAACUCAAGAGCAGACAUAACAUUGACAAAGAUAUGCUAUCACUUCACAUAUAAUGGUAAAGACAAGUGUGUGUGUGAGAGGAAAAACACUAAAUAGAAGUAUUUUGUCCAAUAUUUACCUUGUUAUGUCCUACUAAAUAUAAAUAAAAUGAUAUUUCCUCAUUAAACUUACUUUUAUUCGACCAAACCUAAAUGCCAUAUAUCUGCUCUGAUGUGUUAUUGAAUAAUAUUUAAUGGAUUUACAGGCACUAAAAGAAAACUUGGAGUUAAGUAAGCGUAUCAGCAAACAUGGAAGCACCAGAAUUUAAUAAAGUUACACAACAACAUGUGGCACUAUAUAGACUGCUACUAUCUCUGGUGGGACUGCAACAUGCUGGACUGUUUGCUUUCAGCAUGUCCCAAGCAGAUAUGUGUUUGUACGUAGCUCCAGUACACACACUGGGAGAGUAUUAUUGAUUAUUGUUUCAGGUUAUGGCACUGAAAGUGUUAACACUCCUGAGGUUCUGAGUAAAGUUUUGUCCUGACUUGUAUCCUCGACCUGUGGGCGUGCCAACACGGCUGUCAGUGCAAAACAGGGAUAUUUGUAACUUAACCACACACGCCAUUGCAGGCAGGGGUCCAGUGAGAGGGGGGGGGCUGGUUAUGCUUUAAAUUGAACGUGUAUAGUUGUAAAAAAACCAUUUCCCUGACAAUGUCGCGGAUAUUAAACCUCAUCAGUCAUUUGCGGAGAGAUUUGUCCGCGUGUCGAGGGAUUGCGCGACUUCCUUUGAGGACCAUCUGCUGCACCUCAAGAAAACAAGCAGAACAGAGUAAUGCAUCCUCGGCUUUGAGAAAGAGAUGGAAGGACACCGCGGACACUGUCAUCAUUGGUGGGGGAUGUGUGGGGGUCAGCUUGGCCUAUCACCUGGCCAAAGGUGGCAUGAAGGAUGUGGUGCUGUUGGAGAAGUCUGAGCUGACGGCUGGGUCCACCUGGCACGCUGCCGGUUUGACAACAUAUUACCAUCCAGGCAUCAACCUCAAGAAAGUCCACUAUGACAGCAUUAAAUUAUACGAGACCCUGGAGGCUGAAACUGGACAGGCAGUGGGCUUUCAUCAGCCCGGCAGCGUCCGUAUUGCUGCAUCGGCGGCUCGAGUGGAUGAGAUGAAGUACCAGAUGACCCGCACGCACUGGCAUGUGACCGAACAGUACAUGAUCGGACCGGAGAAAAUCCUAGAACUAUUCCCUCUGCUCAAUAUAGACAAGGUGUUGGCAGGUCUGUACACCCCAGGAGACGGACACAUUGACCCUUACUCUCUCACUAUGGCUCUGGCUGCUGGUGCUCGUAUGUACGGGGCCCAGAUCUAUAACCCAGCCCCGGUAACCGCCCUCAACCCGACCGCUGACGGAAAGUGGGACGUCCAGACUCCUCAUGGGACCAUCCGCGCCAAUCGCAUCGUCAAUGCAACAGGUUUCUGGGCUCGGGAGGUGGGCAAGAUGAUCGGGUUCGAUCACCCCACCAUCCCAGUGCACCACCAGUACGUCGUGACAGCGACGGUACCAGAAGUGAAGUCUCUGAAGAAGGAGCUGGCUGUCAUCAGGGAUCUGGAGGCCUCUUACUACCUGCGUCAGGAAAGAGACGGUCUGCUGUUCGGCCCGUAUGAAAGCAUGGAGAAGAUGGUGCUGCAGGACUCCUGGGUCAGAGAUGGAGUGCCUCCAGGUUUCGGUAAGGAGCUGUUUGAGUCAGACCUCGACAGGAUAAUGGAGCAUGUUGAGAUGGCCAUGGAGAUGGUCCCUGUGCUGAAGAAAGCUGACAUCAUCAACAUCGUGUCUGGACCAAUCACGUACACCCCUGACCUGCUGCCCAUGGUCGGACCACACCAAGGAGUUCGCAACUACUGGACUGCCAUUGGCUUCGGUUACGGGGUUAUCCAUGCCGGCGGAAUCGGUAAGUUCCUGAGCGACUGGAUCAGGAAUGGAGAGCCUCCUUACGACCUGAUCGAGUGCGACCCCAACCGCUACGGGAAAUGGGCCGAAGUACCUUUCAUGUGCGCCAAAGCUCGAGAAUCCUAUGGCUUCAACAAUGUGGUUGGUUACCCGAAGGAGGAGCGAUUUGCCGGUCGACCAACCUCCCGGAAAAGUGGCGUUUACGAGUUGCUGAAGGACAAAGCAUCCAUGGGCUUUCACGCCGGCUGGGAACAACCUCACUGGUUCCACAAACCUGGAGACGACAUUGGAUACAAGCCCAGUUUCCGACGCACCAACUGGUUUGGACCAGCUGGCCGAGAGUGCAAGCUGGUGAUGGAGAAGGUGGGAGUGAUCGACCUGACGCCUUUUGCCAAGUUCAUAGUGAAGGGGAAGGACUCGCAGAGGCUGCUGGACCGCCUGUUUGCCAACACAAUGCCCAAGGUCGGCCUGACUAAUAUCAGCCACAUGUUGACGCCCGACGGGAGAGUGUUUGCUGAGGUCACCAUCACCCAGCUGUCACCUGGAGAGUUCUUGCUCAUCACAGGCUCGGGGUCAGAGGGACAUGACCUCAGGUGGAUAGAGGCAGAAGCUGCAGACGGUGCAUAUGACGUGGACAUCAGCAACGUAACGGAAUAUAUUGGCGUGCUGGGAAUUGCCGGACCGAAAUCCCGCAAAGUUCUUCAGAAGCUGACAGAUGAGGAUUUAAGUGAUGCCGGAUUCAAAUUUCUCCACUGUAAGAUCAUCCAGUUGGCCGGCGUUUCCGUCCGGGCCAUCAGGAUCUCCUACACAGGUGAGCUCGGUUGGGAGUUGUACAUCGAGCAGAAGAACAUGGCAGCUGUGUACCAGGCCAUGAUGGAAGCAGGAAAGGACGAAGGAAUCGACAAUUUUGGCACCUACGCCAUGUCCUCCCUCCGAUUGGAAAAGGGCUUCAGAGGCUGGGGAGCUGAGAUGAACUGUGACACAAACCCUCUGGAGGCUGGACUGGAUUAUUUCAUCAAGCUGAACAAGCCCGCUGACUUCAUUGGCAAAGCAGCCCUUCUGGAGAUCAAAGCCAAGGGCCUGAAGAGGAAGCUUUCCUACCUCAGCCUGGACACGGAUGACGUCGACCCCGAAGGCAACGAGACCAUCUGGCUCAACGGCAAGGUGGUCGGCAACACGACAUCCGGAGCCUACAGCUACAGCGCCCAGCAGAGCCUGGCGUUCGGCUACCUGCCUCUGGAGCUGUGCUCGGUGGGCCAGAAAGUGGAAGUGGAGCUUCUAGGGAGGAAAUACCCCGCCAUGGUCAUCCAGGAGCCCUUAGUGCUCACCGAGCCCACACGGACCCGGCUGCAGAAGAAAGCAAAAGGAAAAGCAUAAAAACAACACUGUCCUGCGGCCAUUUUCUCACCAGCUAAUGAAGAACGAUUUUACUGCGAUGCAUCAAUGAGGGUCUUGAAUAAAGCCCGUGUGGUCCGUGUACAUGAACUGUUUGUGUCAGAUCCCUUCACAACUUCCUCUUCCUGUGACGAGGGGGAAGCUGAGAACAGAUUGUGAGAGUGCAUAAUGCAUCUUAUGAAGGUUUUUGAGCAACAGGAAAACAAUCAUUGAACGUUUAAUGUUCUUGCACCACAAUGUCUUAAAGUUCUGGAAGAGUAAUUGGCUUUUUGUAAUUCCUUGAAUUGACGUUAAUGUUUUACAGGUCAACAGUUUUGUGAAGGAUCCUUGAUUCUUUUUCGUAAGAGCACUUUGGGACUGUGAUAAAUCAGUAUUUUUUUUACAAUUGGUUUACAUUAAUGCCUUGAUCAUUAAAUAAAUGCAAUCAUUGUCUUGUAUUAGGUGUUUGUGUGCCUGAACUCUUUUC